AUGGUAGACGAAAGAACACCCCUCAAGGCGGUGACAACGCGCGAAGACGCGCCCACGGCGGUGAUGCGUCCGAAACCGGUCGGAAAGUCGAUCUUUGCACUGUCCAUUUUGGGCACGCUCUCAGCGGCAUCCAUCUCCCUGUUCUCCAUGUACGGACAGACCCUACAGCAUAAACUGGGUUUCACACAGGUCCAGGUCAACUCCGUGUCCAUCUCGUCGUUACUGGGCAUGUAUCUGCUGAUGCCUGUGAUCGGAUACCUGGGAGACACAUACGGAUCCAACUACUUGGCCCUCUUUUCCUGGAUCACCUUCCCCGCAAGCUACUCCAUCGCCAGUGGCAUUUUCUCCACCGCCGCAGACUGGCACAGAGAAACCGGAGAGGCCCUCCCUAGAGCUGCCCCCGAAAUGGCCCUGUGCUUCUUCUUCAUCGGUGCCAGCACCUCUUGCAUGUACUACGCCUCUCUCAAAGCAAGUGCCCACUCCAUGUCCGUCUACUUUGCGGAGGACGGCAAGCUACAAACCUACACACCUGGAUACGCCAUCUGGGGCCCCGUUGCGGCCUUUGGGCUGUCGUCCUUGUGGCAAUCUCAGUUGCUUCGAGCUGUUUUCAUCACUGGCAAGAACGUCAACGUUGCCGGUAUCUUUCUCUUUUUCGCAGGCCUCUAUGCGGUCAUCUGUGGAAUCAUCUUCUUUUCAUGUCGAACGGCCGAGUCUAUGGCUUCAGAGUUGCGAAAGAAAGCCGAAGCGUCCACCGACUGCAACUGCGACGGACCCGGACACGAAGGAGCCACUCUCAAGGAGUUCUUCACCGACAAGACCGCCUGGCUGUUUCUGCUCUGCUUUGUGUUCAUCGGAGGCCCGUUUGAGAUGUUUCAGAACAACAUGGGGGCUAUUCUGGACACUGUGACGGUGGAGAACGCGGACUCGCCCUCUUUCUCCACCCACGUGUCUCUGUUUGCAACCUUCUCCACGGUUUCGCGUCUGGUGGUGGGAUUCUCGUCAGAGGCAAUGGAAUCUCACGUGUCACGACCCGUGCUUCUCAGUGUGAUUGCCCUGGUUGCAGCAUGCAUCCAUCUGAUGGUGCCUUCUGGAAUCUUCACCGUGUUUGACAACGCCAAGUACUUUUCGGUUGUGACCAUCGUUAACGGCUUUUCGUAUGGCUCGUCGUUCACCCUUGUGCCCACCAUUGUCACCAAAGUGUGGGGUAUCGCCAAUCUCGGUACUAUCUGGGGCUCCUUCAUUCUGGCUUUGGCUGUGGGGUCUCUUGGCUACGGGCUGCUAUUUGCCAAGGUUUAUGACGCUGCCAGCGAGGUGGGGGUGGGCUCCAUGUCACAGGUUUGUUCAGGCGUGCAUUGCUACGGCCUGACAUUUGUCAUCACCGGCACCGGUCUCGCUUUCGCUGCUGCUGCUGUCUUUUUCAUUUGGGUCUUCAUGUGGAAGAAGCGAGGAAUUCACAUGUAA